CCACUUGAACCGGACUGUCCGGUUCAUUUAACCGAUCCGCAAGAAAAGCGUAGGGUUUGGGGGAGCAGAGGACGCGAUGUCGCUGGCCAAGCUCUCCUCCGCCUUCCUCCGCCGUGGCGGCGCCAGCAGCCUCCUCCCUCUCUUCCACCGCCAACGCCUCGAUGGCCUCCUCUUCUUCUCCUCCGCUACCACCGGCGCCGCCUCCGAGGGGGAUUACUCAUUCCUCAGACCCCAUUUUAUGGUUGCAUAUCUCAUCAACUCCUGUGGCUUCUCCUCAGCCGGGGCGUCCAAAGCCACCAAAUUCCUCGCCCACCUUAAAUCCACCGAGAGGCCAGAUGCGUUCCUCGGAUUCAUGAGAAACCGCGGAUUCGACGACGCCGGUCUCAGAAAGAUCGUGUCUUUCGACCCUAAAUUUCUCUGCUGCGACGAUGCCGAUAAGCUCCUAGCCCCCAGAUUCCGAUUUUUCCAGGAGUUGGGCUUCUCUGGCACCGACCUCACCCGUUUAUUCCUCUCCAACCCCGACAUUCUUAGAAUCAACCUCCACCGCUCGAUCCAGCCCCGGUUGGAGUUCUGGACGGCCCUCCUCGGCUCCAAGGAGCACCUCUUGAAGGUCCUCAAGAUCAGCGCAUGGUUUCUCAGUACCAGCAUUGAGAAGAUCAUCAUGCCCAACCUCUCACUGCUGCGGGAGUGCGGCAUCUCGGAUCAAAGGACGGCUUUGGUUUUGCGCAAGUCACCUUUCUUAAUCCUCCGAAGUCCCCAAAAGCUCAGAGCUUUGAUGGAGCGGGUCGAUGGGAUGGGAGUACCCCGCAGCUCGGGGAUGUUCUUGUGGGCUCUCUGGGCUAUCAGCCUACUCAGUGAGGCCAAAUUCAAUGCUAAACGACGCCUCUUGAUGAGUCUCGGGUGGUCAGAGGUCGAAUUCUCUGCUGCCUUCUGCAAGGUCCCACUUUUUAUGACAAAUUCUGAGAAGAUGUUGUCGACCAAGAUGGCUUUCUUGGUGAAGGAAGUCGGUUAUGGCCCGUCGGAUGUUGCUUUCUGCCCGAAGCUCCUGAUGUAUAGCUUGGAGAGGAGGUUGAAGCCUCGGCAUCGAGUCAUGCAGAUGUUGGAGGCGAGUGGGUUUCCUAGUGGUAAAUGUAAGUUCAGCACUCUUAUGAAUCGUUCAGAUGAAGGGUUCAUGGACAAGUUUGUUAUACCACACAAGGAAAAGGUUCCAGGACUGUUAGAGAUGUAUACUGCUGCAUGCGGCAAGAAAGGCGCCAUGUAACUUUGGGUGUUCUUCUAAUGUGCAAUGACUUCUUUGUAUCCUUCCAUGAUUGCGUUAAGGUAUUACAUUUGGUGUGAUUACCCUAGCAAUGGUGUCAUCUGAACAUGUGUGGACUUCAUAAUGUAUGCCAUUCCAAUGAUUUAUGUGUCUAGCUUUGCAUUAGACAAUUGUAUAAAGGAGAACAUAAAAAGAUUGUAGUUCAACAAAUGAUUGAAUAUACUAAUGUUGGCACCUGUAA